CCCCAGGCUAUUCGUCCCAGACGGCCAUCCGAGCCUGGUGCGUGUGGGCCAGGAAGGGCCGUCUGUAGGGACGAUCGCAGCGGCGACUCUGGGACGAGGCAGCAUCGCGUGCAGCCAUGACCGAGGCGGCUGCUGCUCCGGACUGGCAUGUGGGAACUGACCUCCAACAACAGGUCCAGAUCCAGUCCGCAGAGAUCUCCCUUUUAGCCAUCCUGGCCGCUGUUCAGGCAGUGGAGAAGAAAACAGAAUCCCAGGCUGUCCAUCUUCAAAGCCUGGAAAUACGAACAGGGUCAGCUGAGAAGAGGCUGGCUGACUUUGAGAAGACAGCCAUGGAGCUCAGCAGCCAGCUGGAGGGCAAGUGGGCCGUGCUGGGGACCCUGCUGCAGGAGUAUGGGCUGCUGCAGCGUCGGCUGGAGAACCUAGAAAGUCAGAUGCAAAACCGGAACUCCUGGGUCCUGAGGCUGCCCCCUAGCAGCAAGGAUGAAGCCCCCAAGGUUUCUGUGACUGCUGAAGAGGUAGCUGGGUGUUUCCCCGAGCAACAGGAAGGCAGUCCGGAAGAUUGGCAGAAGGAGCUCUGCACGCACGGAGCCAAGGAGAGCCGUGAGGUGCUGGGCUCUCUGGAAACAGGCCAGCUGGAAUCUGUCCCAAUUGUUCUUCCCUGGAUCAAGCAAGAAGAAGAGGCAUAUGAGAAGAGCCUGCGGGAGACAAGCAGUGCAUAUCUGUGCUCAGAAACCUGGCUAGCUAACAAGAAAAGGACCCUGGAAGGAGAGUCCGUGGUACCAGAGUCAGCCUGGGCAACCGAUGGAAGAGCCAGCAAGGAGGACUUGGAGAGGGGAACCUGUGGGCAUCUGCUCCCUAUUUCCAGAGAGAGAGAGGUUGCCUCCCUCCCCCGAGGCUCUCAGAGUCAGCCUGUGCCAGCUCCUGAGGGCACUGAGAAUGGCCAGAACUUCAUUGUCAAAGAACCCGGCACUCAGCAUGAUCACCCACACCAUGGAGCUCAGUCCUUUGCCAGUCUCCAGUGCCCCCAGAGUGCCACACAGCAGGUCCCUCUCACCAGGAACCGGCGUGCACCCACAGCCCAGCGUGCCUACACCUGCAUCCAGUGUGGCAAGAGCUUCGUCCACCAGUCCACACUCACCACGCACUACCGCACGCACACCGGGGAGAAGCCUUACAAAUGUGCCGAGUGUGAGAAGCGGUUUGGCCGCCUGUCCACGCUGCUGGAGCACCAGCGCACCCACACCGGAGAGCGGCCCUUCCCGUGUGCACAGUGUGGCCGUCGUUUUGGGCGCCUGUCCACACUGGUGGAACAUCGGCGCACACACACGGGUGAGAAACCAUUUCCGUGCACCCAGUGUGACAAGCGUUUCACGCGCUUGGCCAACUUGACAGUACACCAGAGUGUGCACUCCGGGGAGCAUGCCUUCCAGUGCGCCCAGUGUGGCUCCUGCUUCACGCACAAGCCCAGUUUCCUGCGGCAUCUGCGCGGCCACUCUCAGGAGAAGCGCCUCACCUGUGGCCAGUGUGGCAAGAGCUUCACCUGCCGCUCCUGGCUGGUGCGCCACCAGGGCAGUCAUGCCCGCUCAGCCGCCUCUACUUACGUGACUUGUGAGAAGAGCUCACCAAGCCAUGAGUCACCGGCAGGUCUCCUUAAAGGCGCAGCUAGGGGGAAGUUUUCCAGUGACCCUUCUGGCUCACCCAGAUCCAAGGACACUAAGGCAUAUGGCAGAGGUCAGCAGCUCAGUGGCCAGGGUCAGGAAGGUCUGGUGGGGUCUCUGCAUAGUUGUCUCUCUGUAAAGAUGGAGAAUGCAGGGUAGCACCCCGAGAGUUCCCUAAUGAGGCCGCACAGGGCUUCUGGGUCCCCUUGAAUCCAAGCUGCCUCCUACGGGGCGCUUCUUGGGUCAGAUGUGUGGUGCCUGCCAUCUGCUAGGCCUCCCGGGGAAGGUUGUCUCCCUCAGACUGCAGGUGCUAAGUGCCCUGAGAUUCUUGCUGCAGGGAAGGCUCCAGCAUCAGGUGAAGGGAAAAGUGAAACGUGAGUAUCUGCCAGCAGCAGCAGAGUCCCCUGAGAUCCUGGCAGCUCCAUCACCAUCUCAGCGGUUUAGGCAGCAAUGAGCUUUUCACCAUCAAAGAGGUUUGGCCAGUUAGGAAUGCUGCAAUUUUGAAAAGUUGAGUUGCUCCACUUCUGUCUGGGCAACUCAACUCAAACUAGUUUCCAAGAUUAACCUAGGACAGGGCUGGGGAUGUGACUCAACAGUGUCCAUCUAGCAUGCAUGGAUGGAGCCAUGGUUAGAUCCCCAGCAUAAAUUAUGCUGGCCAUGAUGGCACAUACCUGUGAUCCUCAGAAGUUCAAGGUCUGUUUGGCUACAGUGUCCCUGUUUAAAGAAACAAAGUCUCCUUUAGGAGUUCUCAGAUACCCUGUGUCUCACCAGUGGCCCAUAUUUGUAGAAUAACCGCAUGCGUGUUCCCAAGGACUCCCACUGGAGGGCCUGGGACUCAGUGUCAUUGUCCCCACUUUGGAGGAAUGUGGGAAAACAGACCUGGGCUGCUUGCUCUGCCCUCUGGGCUUUGUCUGCGUCUGGAGGUGAUUUUUACCAAGAUCUGAGAUUUCCCAUAUUCACUUAAAACCUGUAAAUAAAGAUAUUUAUGAAGAA